UCGUGAAUCCCUAAUAGCGUACACUGAGCCAUAUCCGCAGACCUGGAUGGCAUCGCUGGGUGCCCUGUGCCAGACUGGAGCAGCCGCCAAGACCACUACUGUGAGCCGUUAGUGAGGACACAGAGCGUCUGUGAUGCACCAUUCCUCACGUUUGGAGUUUUAUUAGUUCCUGGCUCAUUAUUACCAUCGAUUCCUCUGAGGACAGAUUGUCUUUUUUAAAUCUUUUUUAUUGCCAAGUUGGAUUGCUUUAAUUAAUCGUCUUCCGUUGUCUACUUUUAGUUCUCAACGCAGAGUCCCGUUUCCAGGACGGAUCAUUCUCUGGUGCGUCAAAAGCUGCGCGGUUCGGAGUUUCCUUCCCCGAUCUCUUUCUUUUUUUUCUGUGCCGUGAACAUUUGCCUCCGGUCUGCUAGCUCCACACUGACACGAUCAUGUGCGACUCUCCGCGGUGAGAACGGGAUGCCCACUCUGUGAAACGGCGCCGGAUGGAUGGGCGGACGUGUCGCGUUCUAAGGGCGCACUGGAAUAAUACAGUGAACUGACAGGAGGAUCAGCGUCCCUUGCUCGGCUGUUUUCUCUUGGAGUUCAUCCAUUUUUUUUCUCCACCCCCCUCUCCCCCCUCCCCACCACCACCUCUGGAAUUGUUACAUUUAUUCCUUAUAGGCUUUGAUCACCUGCUAUGCGUCUGGUGUGCAAAAUACCUGGUGGAAGGUGUACAGCGGGAUUCAGCCUGAGACAGCAGGACAUCCGCAACUGAAAGAGAAAGAACCCCGUUUCCUCCUUUCGAAUCUUUUCUGAUCUGUGCGUAAUGCACGUGGAAUGAAGACAGAGGAUGGAUAUAAUUUGGGAAAUAUUGAUCAUUCUUCACGCCAAUGUGAUCGUCUGCAUAUCAGCACAGCCGAAUCCGCCGAAAAUUCACGAAGGAUGGUGGGCGUACAAAGAGGUGGUGCAGGGGAGCUUCGUACCAGUGCCGUCGUUCUGGGGGCUGGUGAACUCGGCCUGGAACCUGUGCUCGAUGGGGAAGAGGCAGUCACCAGUUAACAUCGAGACCAGCCACAUGAUCUUUGACCCCUUCCUCCAACCAAUAAAGCUGAACACAGCCGGACGCAAGGUGGGAGGGACCAUGUACAACACGGGCCGCCACGUCUCCCUGCGAUUGGACAAGGAGCAUCUGGUGAACAUCUCUGGAGGACCAAUGACGUACAGCCACCGCCUGGAGGAGAUCCGGCUACACUUCGGCAGCGAGGACGGCCAGGGCUCCGAACACAUGCUGAACGGACAGGCCUUCUCCGGAGAGGUUCAACUGAUCCACUACAAUCAUGAGCUGUACACAAAUUAUACAGAAGCUGCUAAAAGCCCCAAUGGAUUGGUCGUAGUGUCCAUAUUCAUGAAGAUUGCUGAGACAUCAAACUCAUUCCUGAAUCGAAUGCUGAACAGAGACACCAUCACAAGAAUAACAUACAAAAAUGACGCGUAUCUACUGACCAACCUGAACAUAGAGGAGAUUUACCCGGAGACAAGUAGUUUUAUCACAUAUGAGGGAUCGAUGACCAUCCCUCCGUGCUUUGAGACCGCCACAUGGAUCCUGAUGAACAAGCCGGUGUACCUCACACGCAUGCAGAUGCACUCCUUGCGGCUGCUGAGCCAGAACCAGCCGUCUCAGAUCUUCCUGAGCAUGAGCGAUAACGUCCGCCCGGUCCAGCCGCUGAACAACCGCUGCAUCCGCACCAAUAUCAACUUCAGCGUGCAGGGCAAAGACUGCCCUAACAACAGGGUUCAGAAGCUCCAAUACCGAGUGAACGAGUGGUUGCUGAAGUAGCCUCCCUUGGAUGAGCAUGGAGACGGUUGUCGAAGAGACGGAGAGAGCGGGACGAGGCGAGGGAGGAGGAGGGGAGGACGGAGGACAAGGAGGAGGAGGAGGAGGAGAGAGAUGUGAAACGGGGCUAAAGGCUGCAUCUCAUCCCAGAUUACUUCAUGGCAUUGUAUAAACACCGGACAUUGUACCAAUAAGGAACUUUGUAUCGCGAGCGAAGAGACUCUUCUUUUCAUACAUUGAGAACAGUUUGAACCCCUUCGAUCUAGCACACGCUAACAAUCCCCCCCCCCCCCCCCCCCC